UUUGAUUUGUCAACAGACAAGAGAUAGGGGCUUCCGGGAAGAUGACAAAGCAGUAAGCAGCAGAACAAAGAGCCUCUCUGAGAGAUACCGUCUAGCACCGGGAAUAUACCAUCGUGAGGAAGACAAGAAAGAAGUAAGUGGGUCCGUUGGACCCAGGAAGAGUCUGAAGUCUGGAUCAAGCCCAUAGAAGGAGUAAAAAGAAAAACCUCAAUGAAGAAGGCUGUAGCUGGUGGUGCCUUCACCAGGAGCCGGAUUCACUGCAUGAGGGGAGGUGUUGGAACAUGGGGACGUGUGGCCAUAGUGACAGUGGCGGCUGGCAACCCCAGAGGCCUCUGCAGAGAGACUCAGCAGUGGAAGGGAGCAGUGGACGUGGAGGACUCUACUGGCUGGUGGUAGUUCCAUUUGCCAGCAGAAUGAAUACAGAAAGGGACUCAGAAACAACAUUUGAGGAAGAUUCUCAGCCAAACGAUGAAGUGGUUCCCUACAGUGAUGAUGAAACCGAGGAUGAACUUGAAGACCAAGAGCCUGCUGUUGAGCCAGAACAGAAUCGCGUCAACAGAGAAGUGGAAGAAAACCGGGAUACAAUCAAAAAAGAUUGUACAUGGCACAUCAAAGCAAAUGAUCGAAAGUUUCAUGAACAAUCUCAUUUUAUGAAUACUAAGUUCUUUUGUAUUAAGAAGAGCAAGUAUGCGAAUAAUGCAAUUAAGACAUAUAAAUACAACGUAUUUACCUUUCUACCCCUGAAUUUGUUUGAGCAGUUUAAGAGAGCAGCCAAUAUAUAUUUUGUGGGCCUUCUUAUCCUACAGGCAAUUCCUCAAAUAUCUACCCUGGCAUGGUACACCACACUUGUGCCCCUACUUCUGGUGCUGGGCAUCACUGCUAUCAAAGAUCUGGUGGACGAUGUGGCUCGGCAUAAAAUGGACAAGGAAGUCAACAAUAGGACAUGUGAAGUCAUUAAGAAUGGCAGGUUCAAAAGUACCAAGUGGAAAAACAUUCAAGUUGGAGAUGUCAUUCGUCUGAAGAAAAAUGAUUUUGUUCCAGCUGACAUUCUGUUGCUAUCCAGCUCUGAACCUAAUAGCCUCUGCUAUGUGGAAACAGCCGAACUUGAUGGAGAAACCAAUUUAAAAUUCAAAAUGGCACUUGAAAUCACAGACCAAUACCUUCAAAGAGAGGAUACCUUGGCAAUAUUUGACGGUUUUAUUGAAUGUGAAGAACCCAACAACCGAUUAGAUAAGUUUACAGGAACACUAUUUUGGAGAAAAAGAAGUUUUCCUUUGGAUGCUGAUAAAAUUCUGUUACGUGGUUGUGUAAUUAGGAACACCGAUAUCUGCCAUGGAUUGGUCAUUUUUGCAGGUGCUGACACUAAGAUAAUGAAGAAUAGUGGGAAAACCAGAUUUAAAAGAACUAAAAUUGAUUAUUUGAUGAACUACAUGGUUUACACGAUCUUCGUUGUUCUCAUCCUGCUUUCUGCUGGCCUUGCCAUUGGUCAUGCUUACUGGGAAGCGCAAGUUGGCAAUUACUCUUGGUACCUCUAUGAUGGAGAAAAUGCCACGCCCUCCUACCGUGGAUUCCUGAAUUUCUGGGGCUACAUCAUCAUUCUGAACACCAUGGUGCCCAUCUCUCUCUAUGUCAGUGUGGAAAUAAUUCGUCUGGGACAGAGUCACUUCAUUAACUGGGACCUGCAGAUGUACUACUCUGAGAAGGACACACCCGCAAAGGCUAGGACCACUACGCUAAAUGAGCAGCUGGGGCAGAUCCAUUACAUCUUCUCUGAUAAGACGGGGACACUCACACAAAAUAUCAUGACCUUUAAAAAGUGCUGCAUCAAUGGGCAAAUCUAUGGAGAUCAUCGAGAUGCAUCUCAACAUAGUCACAGCAAAAUAGAGCAAGUUGAUUUUAGCUGGAAUACAUUUGCUGAUGGGAAGCUUCAAUUUUAUGACCAUUAUCUCAUUGAGCAAAUAUUAUCAGGGAAGGAGCCAGAAAUCCGGCAGUUCUUCUUCUUGCUCGCAGUCUGCCACACGGUCAUGGUGGACCGAACUGACGGUCAGAUCAACUACCAGGCAGCCUCUCCUGAUGAAGGUGCCCUGGUAAACGCUGCAAGGAAUUUUGGCUUUGCCUUUCUUGCCCGGACACAGAACACAAUCACCAUCAGUGAGCUGGGCACUGAGAGGACCUACGAUGUUCUUGCCAUUUUAGACUUCAACAGUGACCGGAAGCGAAUGUCUAUAAUAGUGAGAACCCCCGAAGGCAACAUCAGGCUCUACUGUAAGGGUGCUGACACUGUGAUUUAUGAACGGUUACAUCAAAUGAAUCCUAUAAAGCAAGAAACACAAGAUGCCCUGGAUAUCUUUGCGAGUGAAACUCUUCGAACUCUGUGCCUUUGCUACAAGGAAAUUGAAGAAAAGGAAUUUGCAGAAUGGAAUAAAAAGUUUAUGGCUGCUAGCGUGGCCUCAACCAACCGGGAUGAGGCUCUGGAUAAAGUGUACGAGGAGAUUGAAAAAGACUUAAUUCUAUUAGGCGCUACAGCUAUUGAAGACAAGCUUCAGGAUGGAGUUCCAGAGACCAUUUCGAAACUUGCGAAAGCUGACAUUAAGAUCUGGGUGCUCACUGGAGACAAAAAGGAAACUGCUGAAAACAUAGGAUUUGCUUGUGAACUUCUGACAGAAGAUACCACUAUCUGCUAUGGGGAAGAUAUAAAUUCUCUUCUUCACACUCGGAUGGAAAACCAGAGAAAUAGAGGUGGAGUCUAUGCAAAAUUUGCACCUGUUGUGCAUGAACCUUUUUUCCCACCUGGUGAAAACCGUGCCUUGAUAAUCACUGGCUCAUGGCUGAAUGAAAUUCUUCUAGAGAAAAAGGCCAAGAAAAGUAAUAUUCUGAAGCUGAAGUUCCCCAGGACAGAGGAAGAGAGACGAAUGCGGACUCAAAGCAAGAGGAGGCUCGAGGCCAAGAAAGAGCAGCAGCAGAAGAACUUCGUGGACCUGGCCUGCGAGUGCAGCGCUGUCAUCUGCUGCAGAGUGACCCCCAAGCAGAAGGCCAUGGUAGUGGACCUGGUGAAGAGGUACAAGAAGGCCAUCACCCUGGCCAUUGGAGAUGGAGCCAAUGACGUGAACAUGAUCAAAACUGCCCACAUUGGGGUUGGAAUAAGUGGACAAGAAGGAAUGCAAGCUGUCAUGUCCAGUGACUACUCCUUUGCCCAGUUUAGAUACCUGCAGAGGCUACUGCUGGUGCAUGGCCGGUGGUCUUACAUAAGGAUGUGCAAGUUCCUGCGAUACUUCUUUUAUAAAAACUUUGCCUUCACUUUGGUUCACUUCUGGUACUCCUUCUUCAAUGGCUACUCGGCACAGACAGCAUACGAGGACUGGUUCAUCACCCUGUACAAUGUGGUAUACUCCAGUCUACCCGUGCUCCUCAUGGGGCUGCUUGAUCAGGAUGUGAGUGACAAACUAAGCCUCCGAUUCCCUAGGUUGUAUGUAGUGGGACAAAGAGACUUAUUAUUCAACUAUAAGAGAUUCUUCGUCAGCUUGCUGCAUGGAAUCUUGACAUCGAUGGUCCUCUUCUUCAUCCCUUUUGGGGCUUAUCUGCAAACUGUGGGGCAGGAUGGAGAGGCACCUUCAGACUACCAAUCUUUUGCUGUCACAGUUGCCUCAGCGCUGGUAAUAACAGUCAAUUUCCAGAUUGGUUUGGAUACAUCUUAUUGGACUUUUGUGAAUGCUUUUUCAAUUUUUGGAAGCAUUGCACUUUAUUUUGGCAUCAUGUUUGACUUUCACAGUGCUGGAAUCCAUGUUCUCUUUCCAUCUGCAUUUCAAUUUACAGGCACAGCUUCCAAUGCCCUGAGGCAGCCCUAUAUUUGGCUGACUAUCAUCUUGACUGUGGCAGUGUGUUUAUUGCCUGUUGUUGCCAUCCGUUUCUUGUCAAUGACGAUUUGGCCAUCAGAAAGUGAUAAGAUCCAGAAACAACGCAAGCGGCUGACGGCCGAGCAGCAGUGGCAGCGGCGGCCGACCGCCUUCCGCCGGGGGGCGUCCUCGCGACGCUCGGCCUACGCCUUCUCGCACCAGCGGGGCUACGCCGACCUCAUCUCGUCGGGGCGCAGCAUCCGGCGGAAGCGCGCGCCCCUGGACGCCAUCAUCGCGGACGAGGGCAUCGCGACCCCGGGCACCGCCGAGUACAGGCGCAAGGCGGACAGCUGAGGGUCGCCCCGCCGGCAGCGCGCUCACAGCGGCUGCUUUUGUAUGGAAGACUCUCAGGACUUUUUUUUUUAAACUGAAUGUGUCACAAAGAUACUGAAGGCAAUAAUUUUUAUAACAAACUACUUGGGUUGCGCUAUUAUGUAGUUGCAAAGCCAAGAAAAUCUAUUAUUAUGUUGGUUAUGGUCGUCAUGAUUCAAAGGGAAUGUUUUAAUCCAGAUUCAAUCUAGGAAAUGUCUUAUAUUUCAGUUCGAAUGACCCUGCAUUAUAAAAUGACAACUGAAUUUUCCUGUCUGUGAUCUUCAGCAUGGAUUUCCCAGGAAUUUUCUUCAUUAGUCACUUUACUAGCAAAGUAAGUGUGUGUGUGUGUGUGUGUGUGUGUGUGUGUGUGUGUGUGUGUGUGUGUGUGGUGUGUGACUGGGGAGUGAACCUAGAGCCUUGUACAUGCCAGGAAUGAGAUUUACCACCGAACUACCUGCCAGCCCUAACAAACAUAUAAAUGGUUUUUACAACACAGUUUUCAAAAACAGGCUAUUGUCAGUGGUUCCUAAGUUACAAUUAGGAGAAAUAAAUUCUGUUGUUGCACAAUAGGAUGUCUAUAGAUAAUAAUGAGCUAUGUAUUUCACAAAAGCUAAAGGAAAAAAACAAUCUUUUCAUCACACACAAAAAGAUAAAUGUUUGAAGACACAGGAAAACUAUGAUUUGUACACAGUACAAUUUAUACACUUACUGAAGUGUUACACAUGGUAGGCUGGGGGUGUACAGAACCAUGCAGAAGACUGUGGGCUCAAUCCCCAGCACCUCUGUUUUAAUAAAAAGAACCAUAAGAUGGUAUAUCAUAAAUAUGUAUAAUUAUUAUGUAUAAAUUACUAAUUUUAUUUUUAAGGAAGAAUCCCUACCAAAAAACUUGUGGUUCCCUUUGGAGGAAGACGCUAUUGUAACCAGGUGCAGUGGUACACACCUGUAAUCCUAAUGCCUACCACUCAGGAGACUAUGGAAGGAUGAUCGCCAUGAGUUUGAAGCUGCCUGGACUACAUAGUGAGUUCAGGAUCAGCCGGAACUACAUGGGGAGACUCAGUCUCAAAAACAAGGAAAGGAAGAAGGGAGGGAAGAACGGAAGGCAGGCAGGCAGGCAUGUUUUAGAUUCUUCAACCCACUGGCCAAAUAGCAGGGGUGUCAUCAGGGUGACUGGUCUUACUUAUCCAGCAAGCAAAAGGUUACUGCUAUAUAGAGGAAUAGAUCCAAAACCCAGGGGAUCUUUUGGGAGCUAUCCCUAGAGCUACCUGGCAUAAAAACGGAAGACCUAGUAUGUAGUGAAGGAAAUAAGCAUAAACAUACAAAUAAAACCUGAGGAUAUCAGUAAUAAAUUCCAGAACAUUUCACAGAGCUGUAUUUUGAAAAUCAAACGAAUAUGCUUGCUUACAUGCAAAAUCCUUUACAAGGCCCCUGAACAGAAACUACACUGUUUGUCACCUGACUUGUUUCUUGAGAGAAAAGGCCUUUGGCAAUAGUUCUGUCUUUCAAACUUUAGGAUAACUUUAAGUGGUUAUGGAGAAUAUCCUCCUGCAUAAGAUAAGUUAUUUUUUUCCAUGUUAUGCCUUUUACUCACUACGAAGUCCCUUUGAAGUCCUGUGAAGAAAUCACAAGUGUACAUUUCUAUAUGCAUAGGACAGAAAAAUUUAAUUGUUAAUUUUAUAGUGCAUUUUCUAGGUGUGAUAAAAGAAUUCAUGGUUAUUCUAUGAAAAUAAAUUUCUGAAAGUUUACAACUUUAUAUUGUAAAUAAAAAGAAUUGUUUGUGUCUUUCUCUUUAUUUUUUACAGAAAAGUUAGCUUAUGUAAUUUUUUCAGUUACAGAUUUCUGUUUUUUGAAUUGUGGGAAAAGCUGACAAUGCAAAUGUGUCAAAGACUUAUACUGUUGGGUGCAAUAUUAAUUUUAAAAUACAAAUUGCUUUGGAUAAAUUAUUUCUAUAUGCUGUAAAUCUGAGAUUGAAUGUAUAUUUUUGUUUAAAAAAUAAAUGUUUUAGUAAAA